GCGAGCGUGCACGCGCCCUCGCGCACUACACACGAGCACGAGCGGCGGCGUAGCUUCGUCAGGUCUGGAGUUUUCAAGGAGUGAGAAACACAGGAGGUAGGAAUAACGAUGCCGGGGAAGAAAUGACAAGUUUGAAAGUGUUAAACCGGGAAUACCGGGAACAAUUCGAGCGGAACUCUGGAAUAAAGCACCUUUACUGAAGGUGUCUGUCGUCUGUUUGGUCUGAAACGAUGCCCGGAGAAACUCAGGACUAAUCCGAAUUCGGAUCCGAUAUUUACUUCCUUUUAUAUCCCAAGUGUGAAAUAUGAUCAAAGGCGAGAGGACACUGAGGAGCGCGUCUCCUCACAGAAACGCGUACAAGGCGGACUUCCACGCCAUCAAGUGCUCCUUUGAUGGAACCAAGUCCGACACCGGGUCCAAGUCCUCUGCUAAUGGCUCCUCUGGUGAGGUCCGUGAGGACAUAGCGAGGGGACGAAACUUUGGCAACCGUGUCCAUAAGAUCAAGAACAUCUUUCUACAGAUGGAUAGCCAGCAGCAAGAGAGUCAAGAUGGAAAAGCCAUCGUGAACGCUCCUCAGAUCUCCCCGCCACCAAAAUUCCCAGUCAGUGGCACCUCCAAAACAGGCCCGAACGUAUUGGACCCUCAGAGCGACAGGACCCCAAAAGGAGAGGACGCCGAGAUCGAUAAAGCGGCCUUGGCGGAAAAGUUUUCUGUGACUAGAAAACUAUUUGAGAGGGGUAUGAAGGAUCAGACUACAGUAGAGAAGCAGGCCCCAGGCCGGGCCUCCGGACGCCUUUCUCAGGGUAGUGUGUGUGAAGAAAGGAGAGCUAGCAGGAAACCUGUAGGAUCAGCUGAAAAUGGCGGCAACAACAGCAUUAAAACAGAUCGAAGCUCUGCCUCGCCGGAGAGCAAGGAUGCUGAGAACUCGAAGCAGGUCAAUCGAUUAUUAAAUGCAGGACCUAUAUCGAGAAGACUGGAGAAUUUCAUGGCAGAUAGCGAUAAUGAAGAAUCAGCAAGAACAUCAGCUAAAACACCAGAGAAGGUGAACAGCCCUACAGAAAGAUCAGGACCUGUGUCCCCUUUACAAAACGCCACUCACAAACCAACUUCACCUUUAAAUGACCACUUUCAGUAUCCAACCUCCCCCAGUAAUCAUUCCAAACCAGUUUACUCUCCAACCUCACCAACCAGUGACCUGGCAACAAAAUCAAUCUCGUCAGUCACUCAGGAACCAUCUAAGCCCACCUCUCCAGCCACAAAAGGCAGUGAUGAAGCCUGCGUCCGCGCUUCCAGACAUCCGUCCUCAUCGGCUGAGGGUUUUAAAAAAUCUUGCACAGACACUGAGGAAACCAAAACCAUAAGUGAUUCUCCUAGGGAUCAAAAGUCAUCAGAUUUUAUCAGCAGUUUUUACAACAGAGUCAAGGGCCCAGAGGCUGCUAAGCGCGAGUCCAUUACGUUGCGGAGUUCAUCCGGAGACACAAUACCUCCUCACUCCCAGCAGAACUUGGAUCCUACUCCGGCAAGAGUGGUCCGUGCAGAGCUAGUCAGGGUCCAGAACGAAUCAUCUGAAAGCGAGGAGAAUGAGGAGGACUGUGUAUUUGAAGAGCUGAAGCUCAAAAGGGAGCUCAGUCCUGAUCUCCUAAAAGGAGGUCUGACCAGAGAAGCUUUGAUUCCUUCAUCUCAAGAUGAUCUUCAUAAGGUUACAGAGGUCAAGAAGCAGGAAACAGAAGAUUCUCUGUUACAGGAAGGACAGUUGGAGGGACAGAGAGCGAACCUGGCAAAGCAGGAGAGUGACAAACAGUCUGACGAUGAAGAAGAAAUGGAGGAAGACAGUGAGCAAGAUGAUGAGGAUGAAUGUGGAAAGACAUCACCAGUGUUUUAUAGCUUUGAAAAUGCAGCGUUUGUGGAUGAUAAGGAGACAGGGCCUGUUCAAAUGGAAGAAGAUGAGGAGGAGGAGGAGGAGGAGGCAGAAGAUGAUCAGGACUAUGAGGAGUAUGAUGAAAUUAUUGGUCUCUCAGAGGAGGAAGAAUGUUCACCCAGAAGGAAGGUUUGCUUCUCCAGUGCACCAAUACGGGUCUUUACAACAUACUCGAAUGAAGACUACGACCGACGCAAUGACGAGGUGGAUCCCGUGGCAGCUUCUGCUGAGUAUGAGCUGGAGAAGCGUGUGGAGAAGAUGGACGUUUUUCCAGUGGAGAUGGAGAAAGGUGAUAAUGGGUUAGGCAUCAGCAUUAUAGGCAUGGGGGUGGGAGCCGAUCAGGGUCUGGAAAAACUCGGCAUCUUUGUGAAGACCAUCACAGAAGGAGGUGCAGCUGAGAGCGAUGGCAGGAUCCAGGUGAACGAUCAGAUCGUAGAAGUUGAUGGCAUCAGUCUGGUGGGAGUGACGCAGCUCUUUGCAGCUACAGUCCUCAAGAACACAAAGGGAACUGUUCGUUUCCUGAUUGGUCGGGAGAAACCAGGGACCCAGAGUGAGGUGGCCCGACUGAUCAGUGAGACGCUGGAGCAGGAGAGACACCAGCAGCAGCAGAGACUGGAGGAUCCAUAUGAACAGUCCACAGAGGAGGACGAACACUACGAGGAGGAUGAAGGAGAGGAAGAUGGGAUUGUAAGCUCGAGUUUUGGCAAGAGGUCCGGCGAGCUGUAUGAUUUGCCAGAGAAUGAAAGGAUGUUCAUGCCCUCAAAUAUGGAUGCCGCUCAGCUUAGCUUCAAAUUUAAAGAGCUUCAGAUAAAACACAGCAUAGCUGAGGCCGACGUCAAUCAGCUCAAAGAAAAGCUGAAGGCGUCUGAGAACGACCGAAAAGCAUGGGAGGAACGGCAGGAGCACCUAGAGAAGUGUGCUGAGGAGAACUCAGAAAGAAUCAACUACUUGGAGAAGAACUGGCUUGAGGCUCAGUCACUCUGCAAAGCUCUUAAUGAGCAGCUCACUGACUCUCAGAACCAGUUUGAAUCUUUGGACAAGAAAUACAGCAAAGCCAAGAAACUGCUCAAGGAGUACCAGCAAAAAGAAUCUGACUUUUUGAAGAAGGAGGAGGAGCUAAAGAAUAUUCUGGAGGAGACAGAAAGCCGUUACAAAGCCCAGCUAGACCAGCUACAGAAGAGGGUUGAAGCUCUGGAAUCCUGUAACAAUCUUCAGGACUCUAGAGCAGAAAACUGCAGUGAAGGGUCUAUGGACUUAGACAAUACACUUGCAGACUCACUUCUAGAUACUGACCUGAGUGAAUCCGUGCCUGAGACUAAGCUUUUGGACACUAGUGUCCAUAGGGCCAAAGGCCUGCUAGCUCAAAAGUCCAAACGGCAGCCACCAUCUCGCAGUAAACUCAAAGAGAUUAGCAGCUCGUCGGCAUGUCUUACUCAGGCUGAAGAGAAGGAGUUUCAGGAUCCCCAACAUCGUAGGAGGUCACUACAGGAUAGUCUGUCUCUGCCAGUGCUCUCUCAGCCAUCUAAUGGCCAGAAGCUGGAACCUAGCACUGCCCGAACUGUGGGCACGUCCAGAAGCACCACAGAGCUCUCCGUCCCACCGUCUUCGCCUGGAACCAGUCCAGAGAGCCCCUGCACUUCCCCAACUAAAGACUCUUCCCCAACUAAAGACUCUUCCCCCUCUGGCUUUCUCCGAAAUGUCAAAAAGAGAGAGUCCAAAGGAAAAGGCAAAGAGGUUAAAGAAGACCCCGGUGAUGGAGCAGGAAAAUCUAAAAGGCGAUUCCCUGAUUUCGGUGGUCUCAGGAAAUCUGGUGGGAAAGGCAAGAAACAUGACAAAGAAGCAAUGCGAGCAUCAUUGGACAGCAGAGGCUCAGCAGAGCUGCUGGAAGAGUCGGGGCCAAAUAUCUCGCCCUCAGAGUCUUUGGCGUCCAUCCCAACCUGCAUGCCUUUCUCUUGGUUCGGUGAUAAGGACAAGGAGAGAGACCGUGAGCCUUCAUCUUCUACAAGCAGUCUCCCUCAAACUUCAGCAGAGCCCAGUGAGCAGCAGGACUGCAAGAACAAGACAAAUCUUUCCCGGUCCUCUCUGUUCAGUCGAUCUUUAGAUUUGAGCAUGUCAGUGCUAGAUGAUUCAAAACCAGGCAGUCCGAUUUCAGAGUUAUCAGGGCUAGUGACAGAGCCCAACCUGUCAGGCCGAGCUCACACUUUAACCUUCUCUUCCAGUGAGACGCUGGAUAAUGAGCCUUGCUCUAUGGGGAAAGACUACCAGUGGCAGAAUCGACCAGUCUCUGAGUGGACAACUCAACAAGUGUGCCAUUGGCUGAUGGGCAUGAACAUGGACCAGUAUACUCCUGAGUUUACUGUACAGGGUGUUGAUGGACUGCAGCUGAUGAAUCUGGACAGUGAGAGACUAAAACUACUUGGAGUCUCUAGCCAAAAUGACCGUGCCAUGAUUAAGAAGAAGCUGAAGGACAUGAAAAAAGCCCAGGAGAAACUGGAAAAACAGCGUGAGAAACGUGACAAAGAGGCUCGACGAAGCGGGAGACUGCCAGGCAACAAUGACUCUAUCUGUUGAGGCCACAAUAAUCUCUUUCUCACUCUCUCUUCCUGUUUAUUUCUACCUUUCUGAAGCACUGACACACCCUGGUUUGUCGGGCAGGCAGCUGACGGAUUUUUGCUAUUUAAUUCUAACGUUACAUGCAGGUGAGACAUGUCACUGCAGUCAAUACGGCAAUGUAAAAUCAAUCCAUCAUUAAUUACUAGGAACUAAUGUCCAGAGCAGGUAUAUAUUAUGUCUGUCUCUUGUAGGAUCCUAAUGCAUAAGUAGUACUGUUCAUACUAGAAAACAGCAGAUUCUUCGCCUGAUGCCUUAAACCUAAAAUGCUCAAUGUCUAACUCUUGCCAAAUGUUAGAUAAUUAAUAACACACAUCUCUUAAGACAAAUCUAAGUCCUAUCAAGGGCCAUCUACAUGAUUCUGUGAAUUAUCUGUGAUACGGAAUUGUGCUACGGACCAAACUGAUUUUACUGUACUUUAUGUGCACAACAAAAGAAUGUUGACUUUUUUAAUUAUUAUUAUUAUUAUUUUUUAAAGAGAACAAGAUAUUCACAUACAAAUGCCACUAAUUUUGGAACAAACAAUGUUUUUAAAACCUCUUUCUAUUUCUUUUAACUAGUCUCCUAUUCCCCUCUUUGCUGGAACUUUGUACAGGCCUUUAAGUGAAAGCACUAUAUUUGUCUUUUUAAAGAGGCAGAUGGUGACAUGGUUUUUAAAUGUACAAAUGAAAUAUUUUAUACACAUUUAUUAACUUCAGAAGAAAAAACCUUAUUGAUUAAAUUUUUGGACAUGUUUUCUACUGAGUAGAAUAGCUCAAUAGUGUAAGACCAUUUUGCGAUUUAUAAACAGCAAAAAGUGAAAUUAUUUAGGUGUUGUUGCAGUUUGUUCGAUUGUGUUGGUUAUGGUAAUACUCUUUCUAUAUUCAUUGACCAUCUACUCAAGAUCUUAAAGAUAAUCAGUUUUAAUAUCAAAACAUGGUUUGGGGUGAUUAUAAAAGACUUCAAAUUGAACAAAAAAUGGAGAAUGCUAAAGGUUUUUCAUUUUAUUUGCAUCUCCUGUCUUAAUCCUGAUUUCAUUUAUGUUGUGGACAAUUGGCCAAACCCCUGUAACCCUGAAUAAAUACGUUUUAUUAUUUCAAUACAGGACUUUGUCAGACCAAGAGGAAAGCCCAAUAUCCAGUUAUUUCUCUGGUACGAGUGUACAAGCUGCACCAAUAAAUUUAUUUUCACAUGG